AUGUCGCUCUUCUUCUCGACGUUUCAUCAUCAAACUUCCUUCAGGCUCUGCUCUCGUUACUCCUCGUCCUCGUUUUCUAAAUCGUCGUCUGGAAUAAAGCGUCUCUCUUCUUCUUUCCUCUUCGUAAACGAAAGUGAAAGGAAGACGUUUCCUCACCGUCGAGUUCACUUUUCCCGAACGCGCAUGUCCAAGAGAGAUUUCGGAGAUACGAAAACAGCGGCAACAUCAUCGAAAAGGCAUCAAUCCAUGACGGGAACUGAAGACACCAUCGGCACGCACGAUGGGUCGUUCCACUGCGACGAAGCUUUGGGGUGCUACUUGCUUCAAAACACGGAGCAGUUCUCCAACUGCCGAAUCGUUCGCACGAGAGAUGCCGACGCGUUGGCGAAAUGCGCGGUCGUUCUCGACGUCGGCGCGGAGUACGACGUCGCAAAGUUACGCUUCGACCACCACCAAAAAGGGUUCUCGGAGACGUUUAACGAUUUCAAGACCAAGUUAAGCUCCGCUGGGUUGGUGUAUAAACACUUCGGGAAGGAAAUCGUGAGCAAGAAGAUCGAGAAGAGUGUAGAGGACCCGAUGACCAAUCAGUUGUAUCUGAAGAUGUACAAGAGUUUUAUCGAAGCGGUGGACGGCGUCGAUAACGGAGUUUCGCAAUACGAUAUUUUGGAAGGCGCGGAACCGAACUACGAGAACAAUACGAACUUAUCCAGUCGAGUUGGAAAGCUGAACCCGAAUUGGAACGAACCGUUCACCGCGGAACGGCAGAUGGAACAGUUUUUGAAAGCGGUCGCGCUCGCCGGGAAAGAGUUUGACGAAGAGUUGAACUAUUUGGCGAACGUGUGGUUGCCAGGGAGGAAGCCGGUGGAAGAGGCGAUUGCAAAGAGAGAAGAAGUGGACACGUCUGGGAAGAUUAUAAAGUUGGAGCAGUACUGUCCGUGGAAGGACCAUUUGUACGAGGUGGAGAAAGAGUCCGGGCUGGAUUCCGAGGAGAAGCGCGUGGAGUUUGUGUUGUUCGAGGACGAAAGUGCGAAGAAGUGGCGCGUGGCGACCGUACCGAUCGCGGCUGGGAGUUUCGAUAAGAGGAAAGGGUUGAAAAAAGAAUGGGCCGGGUUGAGAGAUCAAGACUUGAGCGAAAAGAGCGGAAUUCCCGGAUGUGUAUUUGUCCACAACGGGUUGUUUAUCGGAGGGAACGAUACGUACGAAGGCGCGUUGGAAAUGGCGCGAGUCUCGUUGGAAGCGAAAGAUUGA